AUGUCGGAUUCCCCCCAAUCCGCUGCUCCCAAGGAGGUUGACCAUGGUGCACCGUCACCCGACGACGAAGCACAAAUGAACGAGCAACAAGACCCACAAGCCGCAAACUCAGCGGGCUACGAGUAUGAGGGUGUAAAGGAACAAGAUCGAUGGUUGCCAAUAGCCAAUGCCCGCCCAGCCGUGCAUAUCUGGAUCCCUCUCAUGUCUUGCGAUUCGUCCUCCAAAUCACCCAAAGCGCCUCGCGCCUCCAAGGCCGACAGGGCUGAUGAGCUUGAUGCUAACAUUCGAAACUUUGCUCCAGUUGCUCGUAUCAUGAAAAAUGCACUACCUGAGAACGCAAAGAUCGCGAAAGAGGCCAAGGAGUGUAUGCAAGAGUGUGUUAGUGAAUUUAUCUCUUUCAUCACAAGCGAGGCGUCGGAGAAAUGCCAGCAAGAGAAACGAAAGACCGUAAAUGGUGAAGACAUUCUUUUCGCCAUGACAUCUCUCGGUUUCGAGAACUACGCGGAAGCGCUGAAAGUUUACCUCAGCAAGUACAGAGAGCAACAGAAUCAGUCGAACCGCGAUCGAGUGGGGAUCGAUAAUCAACAAUGGAUGAAUGAUGCCAAAACAGAGCCUAGUGCCGUGGGCGAAUUUGGACAGGACGGAAACGGCGUCGAGGCUGGGGGUGACCCCAACUACAUUUAUGCCUCGCAACCUGGCCACAAUGGCAACGCUGGCGAGGGCUACUAA